AUGAAGUGCACCAUCUUUCUAGUGCUGGUUCUGAUUCUGGGUAUUAGUGGGUUCAUGAAUGGAGUUGAUGGGGCUGGUGGUCAAUUAUGUGAUAAAUAUUCCAGUGCUGACUUCCUAAAGUUGGCUCCCUGUGGGAAAGCAGCGGUGGACAUAAAAGCUAGGGUUUGUCACAGCUCCUGCGUUCAAGUGGCAAAGACAGACACAAAAUGCCUUUGUGUCGCUAUCCUUUCUGAUGAGGCUAAGAAACUAGGAGUCGUGCCAGCAGCUGCAGUCACCAUACCCAAACGUUGCAAACUUGCUAAUCGUCCCGUGGGUUACAAGUGUGGAGAUAAUAUAGUGCCAUGA